GGUUCUUGUCGUGGAAACGUGUCACUCAGUUGGACUGUGCAUCCUCGUCUUCCUCGUCCUUCCCUUUCUUGACAUCAUUCAAGGUUUGCUCAUCAUGCACGGAGUGGCGUUUAUACCCAGCCUUCUUCAGCUUAUCUUGCGCCCACGUGCCGAGGCCGAGAAGUACCGCCGUACACACAUAUUCUCAGACUCAGUAGCGAUUCUAGUUCAGCUCUCAGCAUUGUUUUUCGUCCCUACUCUGGAGACAGUAUCAAGGAAAAAUGCGACAGAUACAGAGAGUUCUCUUUAUCUGACCUAUAAUGAGUAUGACAACUCUGCCAUUACCCCGGCCAUUAGAAUGUGGCUCGUACCCGUCUCACUAUUUCUCAUUUCUUUAUCUUGGUGGGAAAACUUUGUGUGGAUUGACCGCAAAUCUAGCAAAUUCAGCAAUCUCCCAGACCGCAGUUUCAUCCACAAGGCUUUGGUAAAACAUAAGAGAAAAAUACGCCAGGCGAAGAACAAAAUAUACUUUUUCAUAAGUGCGUGGAAGUUGGCUAUAACCCCGGUACUACUUCUGGCACUGCUCGUCAGCACAAACAGUCUGGACGUAUUUUCGCUGUUCCAUUUGGAUUUCCAACGAUGUAAGGGAACUGACAAUCAGGACAUCGAAGGAGAACCUUAUUUUUCUACAGCCACUUGGGAAGCAGGUAUUGCCAUGCUGAUACAGGUGUGCUGUAGUCUCGUCUGCUGGUACUGCGCUAAAACGGCCUGUAAGAUACAGAUGCAGCGGGUUAGUUUUGCUGCUCCCCUAUCGGUGGCGACACCUGUCGCAGUUGCCAUACUCAUCGGCCUUGGCUCGGAUGAGAACAAGUCGUAUUCCUCUCUGAUCACUAAUCAUCUGGAGUGGAACUUUCCCGACUUUACCACCGACUUGAGCGAGAGAUACCGCUGGCUGUGGAUAUGGAUAAUUUGGUGGCCAUCACUUGCAUGGAUAACUUUUUAUAUCUGGAUGCCAAGAUCUGAACGGCUGGCCAAGGGAGAGAAGUUGUUUGUGAAACCGUUCAACUGCAGCAUUCUUCUAGAACAGGACAUGAAGCUGAACCGGCGCCGAGACGACAGGGAGUUUAUGAGGGAUGAGAAGGUACGUGAUUACAUGCGCGUGGAGGAGGUAAUGAACAACCCGAAAUCGUUCGACGACACCCGACGUGUUUAUACCGCUUCUGUAGCAAGGCGAAACCCCAAGACCCCCUUGAUCUACAUUUGCGCCACCAUGUGGCACGAGACGGAGAACGAGAUGUUACAGAUGCUGAAGUCAAUUUUCAGACUUGACAUGGACCAGUGCUCCCGUCGCCUGGCGCAGCAAUAUCUCGACGUAAAUGACCCGGAUUACUAUGAGUUUGAAGGUCACAUUUUCUUUGAUGACGCGUUCACUCCUCAUGCGGAUGGCAACUCUAACUACACAGUGAACGAUUUUGUCAAACUAUUGGUUCGUGUUGUGGACAUUGCUGCCAGCUCCAUACAUCGAAUUCCAAUGUCCAUCACUCCUCCUACAAAGAUUCCAACUCCGUAUGGGGGUCGUCUUGUAUGGCUGCUACCUGGUGGCAAUAAGUUGGUGGCACACCUUAAAGAUAAAGCAAAGAUACGACAUAGAAAAAGAUGGAGUCAGGUGAUGUAUCUCUACUAUUUCUUGGGUUAUCGCCUGAUGCAGAAGGUAGAAAACGUAAACAAAGUUGGAAAGCUGGCUGAAAACACGUUCCUCUUGGCUCUUGACGGCGACGUUGAUUUCCAGCCUUCUGCCGUUCAAAUCCUGGUGGACUUGAUGAAGAGAAAUGAAAACGUGGGGGCUGCAUGCGGUCGUAUUCACCCUAUAGGAUCAGGUCCUAUGGUUUGGUACCAGAAGUUCGAAUAUGCCAUCUCUCAUUGGUUCCAGAAGGCAACGGAACAUAUGAUUGGUUGCGUUCUCUGCAGCCCCGGAUGUUUCAGUUUGUUUCGCGGUUCUGCUCUCAUGGACGACAACGUAAUGCGGAAAUACGCGACUACUCCCACCGAGGCUGUGCACUACUUACAAUACGAUCAAGGUGAAGAUCGUUGGCUGUGCACCCUAUUACUUCAACAAGGAUACCGCGUGGAGUACAGUGCUGCUUCUGACGCUCUUACCUACGCUCCAGAAACCUUCGACGAAUUUUUCAACCAAAGAAGACGUUGGUCACCAUCCACUAUGGCUAACGUUAUGGACUUGCUCCUCAGUUUCAAACACACCAUCAAGGUGAACCAGGACAUCUCCAUGUUAUACAUCAUCUACCAAGCCUGUCUCAUGGUGUCCUCCAUCUUGGGACCGGGAACAAUUUUCUUGGUGGUUGUAGGAGCUUUCCAAACUAUCCAGAUCGGACAAAGCGGACAGUUGGGGGAUAUUACGUCCUUCGUCGUAAACCUGGUGCCCAUCGUACUCUUUAUCAUAUUGUGUUAUGUUACAACUACGAAGACUCAGCUAUUUGUAGCAGCCAUAAUGUCUUCUAUUUACGCCUUGGUGAUGGCACUGGUUCUGGUCAGCAUCAGUCUGCAGAUAAGUGUACAAGGACCGUGCUCCCCUACCGCCUUGUUCUUUUUCCUUGUGGCUGGCGCCUUUCUAUUGGCUGCUAUCCUCCAUCCUCAGGAAUUCGCCUGUGUGUUCGCCGGUGUGUUGUAUUAUCUGCUCAUUCCCAGUAUGUACCUGUUGCUUUUUAUAUACUCCAUGUGCAACCUGCACGUGGUCUCAUGGGGCACGAGAGAGGUCAAGGUUGCAGAGAUGCCAACUCCCAAUAAAGGCAAUCAGCAAGCCAAAAACACGAAAGAGAAGACAGAUAACUCAGCCAGUGCUGCCUUGAUGAAACUUUUCAGCUCAGCGACGGCGGAAAAGGGCGAGGAUGGGUUCAAAUUUACGUUUGGAAAACUCUUCCGGUGUAUCUGCUGUCCACGUGACAAUGGUGAAGGCGUGAAUCAAAAGUUGAACGGCUUGUUUUCUCGCAUGGAAGAAAUGGAGAGGAAAUUGCUGAAUCAUAAAACGGCAGUGGUUGCUGGAAGAGGUUUGUCAGGCUCCACAGCAGAGAGUAAUUUACGUGUGCGCACCGGGAGUAUGGUGGAAGAUCGUCGACCGUCUUUUACGAUGGAGAACGAAGACUUCCCAAAAUUAGAUAUCUUGGAAGAGGACGUGUUUACCGUUAACCCAAUGUAUGAGGAAGAAGAACGCGACGAACUCGUCAAUCCAUUGUGGACGGAGGACAAAGGCCUUAAGGACGGGCCUAUAGUUCUCCAAGAAGAGGCAGAGACACAAUUUUGGCAAGAGCUCAUCAAACAAUACUUGUAUCCCCUGGAAAACGACCCAAAGCACCAGGAGCACAUGGCUGCCGAGCUAAAAGAACUGCGCAACAAGGUCACAUUCGCCAUCUUUCUUCUGAACGCCAUUUUUGUGGUGGUAAUCUUUGUGCUUCAAACGCAAAAAGAAGAUGAGAACGGACACGGACUUUCUCUUCCUUGGCCUUUCCAAUGCGGCAAUAGUCCCCCUUCCAAGCCCGUGAAGUUGGAGCCUAUCGGGACGGUUUUCUUGAUAUUCUUCCUGUUGGUUCUCCUUAUUCAACUUCUUGGGAUGAUAGCUCAUCGUCUGCUGACCUUCUGGCACAUCAUGUCUACAACCCCCGUCUCAGGAAAAUUCGAUCAAACCGCCGCAAAAAUCGCUCUUGUGCGCGACUUACAACGUCUUCCACAGGGCGAUGACGAUUCCGACAGAAUGUCGGUGUGCAGCUUCACUUCCGGUGCCUCCGACGAAGAGUUCAAUUUCGCCAGAGAGAGGAAGAAGUCAUUCGCGAAACACAUCAAGAAAAAGAAGAAGACAGUUAAGGAGGGGUACGCCACUAUGAAUAAAGCAUUUGUAGACCGCUUCUUGGCAUUGUCCGACCAAGGGCCUGAGAAACUUCAGCAACAACAUGGACGGCGGAACACAAUGACUGCCAGCUACCAGGAUCGUAAACGCAAGCAAGCUCUAGCAAGCUUAGCCGAUGAGUGGGACCAGGUGUUCCAAGAAGAGAAGAUUUCCAAAUUACGUAACAAGUGGAAAGGGGCAGCUAGAGCCAUCCAGCUCACCCGAGCGUUUCAACUGAAGAAAGCUGUCAAGGCGCAGAACAUUGAAACUAUUAACGAGUCGGCGGAGGGCUCGGCAAGCGGCACGUUUAAUAUACCGGUUGUUGUGACAGGACCAGACAAGGAGUAUGAUAACCCUGCGUUCGAAGGAGAGGAAGGACUGUAUGCUGACAUACCUGAAUCUGACCCCGCUCUCAUACCAGGGUCUAGUCCUGCCCACAUACCUGGUUCAAGCCCCGCCGACAUACCUGGAUCUAGCUCCGUCGAC